UGGUUCGCGGCCGCAUCCCUGUCGUCUGCUUAAAGUGUGAUGCAUUACUGCUCAAUUUAAUUCACCUGUUUGUGGUUUUGGUUUAGAGAAAUGUAUGUUUGAUCGAGCGUUACUUAGGUCCGAGUUUCUAUCAGUAAUUGGACAUCUACAUUUCUGUGUCUGCAUAAUAAAGCUGUGGUGCUUCAUACCACUUGGUUUCUGCUCGUACUUUGUUGUUGGAGUCUGCUAGAGAAGAAAUCCAGCAGUUGAACCGAAUUCUAAAGACACAAAAUUUCAUGUUUUACCGGCACUGUCCCUGCUGCUAUUCUCGCUAACAGUACUUAUUUAUUUGGAGCUUUUGUGUCACUUGAAAAAAUGUCAUCGGAAACUGUUUCUAUCGUCAGGCCAAGACCUGUUUCUCAGUUAAACAGAAAAGUGUAUUUAGGUCUGUAUGAUAAUCGAACAUGGCCAGAGCCAGACUCAAGGGAUGAGCAGCGUGUCCGUGACUACAUGGUCCAGAAGUAUGAGAAUAAACGCUGGUAUGUAGCCCCCACAGAAGCUAUGAGGGAGGAGGCUAAGCGGACCAAUGAGGCGGCCUUGAAUAGCAAACCUCAAGUGAAGCCCCUGCGAUCCUUGCUUGGUGAAAAUGCCUCAAAGUUAACUGUUAGUACUGUGCAGACGCCACCUACAAGUCACGCCCCUGUUACAGUGUCUGUUCCACUCCCUGGGGCAGUGAAGCCUCCAGCUGCCAUAAACAACCAGCACCCUCAGCCUCCCACAGGAAAGCCUGCCUCUGGAUUUGAUCUGUUGAAUGAUCUUGGUGGGGAUCCUUUUGCUCCCACCGGACAGACUACGAACAAUCACACAGAAGGUGGAUUUGCAGACUUUGGAAACUUUGACAGUUUCAACUCUACUGCAGCACACACAACAUCUUCAGCACCCACACAUCCUCCCUUGCCAGCGUUCCCUAUUUCUAAUGCUCCACUUCAACCUAUAGGUGUUGGUCAGGCUGCAGUCCAGCCCACAGCGGCAUCAGCAAAAACCACAGCCCCGAAGCAGGGACCUGCUUUAGGAGGUGACCGGUAUGCUGCUCUGGCUGAUCUGGACAGUGCUUUCUCUGCACCUGUAACGACAGCCACAUCUAUUAAUUGGGGUGGUACAGAUGGAGGAUCUUUGAACUGGGGAGGAACUGAUGGAGGAGCUAUCAAUUGGGGAGGCACCAACAGUACAGCUAGCACACCAUCUCAUAGUUCAGCCGGUCUCAGUUGGAGCACCAGUGCUGCAGCAGCUGGAGGUGGUGCCAUCAACUGGAACAGUCAAGCCUCUUCUGGUCUGCCAGUGGGUCCAACACCAACAACCGGAACAUUUGGAGUCCCUCCUACAGGAAAACCUGGGAACCCUUUUGUACAUUCCUUUGCAACGGUCAACCCAUUUGGAGCUACUGGUACAGGGAUGAAUGCCUUUGCUCCAGUAUCUACUGUGAACCCUUUUGGGGGAGUUUCCAACUCUUCUAUGCCAUUGGGCAAUUUUUCUCAGGCUGGAGGGAUGCCGAUUUCCACAUCGUCUGGCUUUGGUGCCCCCUUUGGGACCCAGAGUGCAGGCUUUGGUGCUUUCCCACCAAUGCAGAAUGGGGGCUUUGGCAUGACACCAACGUCAGCAGGCUAUGGAGGUUCUGCAGCCUUUUCACAGCAACAGUUCAUGAUGCCCUCUCAACAGCCUGGGCUUGCUCAGACAUCAGGAUGGGGUGCCAUGGGACAAGUACCGCCACACCAAGGAAUUCCAGCACAACCUGUUGCUAACCCAUUUUUGAACACUGCAAUGCAUCAAGUUCCACCACCCAGUGGUUCCACCAAUCCAUUUUUGUGACAACUUUAGUCCCCCUGAUUUGAAAAUGCACAUGCUGAUGUAAGAGUUUCUGGGUUGUUGUUUUUUUUUUUAUUUAUAAAAAGAUGUGAUGAAAACUCAAGAACUGUAUGAACUAUAGAAUCUGAAGUAUUGAAACAAAAUAAUAGCUAUGUGUUAUAACAUAAUGUCUUCUAAAUUGGUAAUGUUUUGCUUAUAGAAUUCAUAAGCGAUAAAAGAACUAUUUACAAUUUUGUAGUAAUACAGAAAUCACUUUGCCUAAUAAAAUUAGUAUUAGUUGUCUAUGAGUCUAUAAUAGCAUAGUAUGGCAAAGGGUGGCAUGUUGAAAUAAACAUUUAAUGCACUAUUAUUGGUUAGGUGAAUAUAGAUGUGAUUGUUGUAGGUAGUUUUUUGUGUUUUUUUUUAACGUAGGUGUUGGUGUAUAUUGUUUGACUGGGCACUAAACUUUGAUUUGGAUUAUAUGUGUCGGCAGUACUUAGUAAUACAGACUUAUUUAUCCAGCUUAAGUAUAAACAAAGGUGUCAUUGGGAUAUAACAACUAUUGUGUACAAUGGAGAGAAAAAGUGCAAAAAUUCACACAUACCUUUGUCAGCUCAUUGGCAAGGGUGCAGAAUGCAGAUGCUAUGUGGAUGUUCAUACUUAGACUGUAGUGAAACAAUGUUUGGGUACACCUGCACCAUUUGGCAGACCGAACAGAUUGGUUGAGCUGUGAAAAUUGUUCAUGAAGUAAUUGCGUUCUGUUUUGUCUUCAAAUGCUGAAGCUUUGAUUAUAGUGGUGACCUUUUAGUUUGUGUCUAAAUGAGUUGAAAUUUAUGUGCAACAGCAAUGUAAACAGAAGCAUGUAAUUAAAAGUGUUUAUGAAACGACCAACAAAUGGCCAUAAGUAAUCCAUUUAUUGGUGCUAUUAUUUCUCAUUUUAAAAUGCUUGGCAUGAAUUUUUGCUGCAACGGCCACAAAUCUUUAAAAAAAUUCUAUAAUGUAAAGUAAUUCUGUUUUACUAUUACAAGUUUGAACUAAGAGGCUUUUAAAAUUUUUUUGUUUGUUUUUUAAGUGAAAAAGUUUUUUAAAAAAGAAGUAAAUAUGAUGAGAUUCUUGUCUAAACAAAGCAAUCCAAAAAAUUGCUAUUGAGAUCAGAUAACAUAUGACUUUGUUUGCACGUCAUUGGUACAGAUAUGCUUUUUUUUUUUAUGCAAGAUCAAGCAGAAAAUGUUAGUUCUGGUAGUAAAAAUAUGUUUAGCAUUGAUUGUGAAUUAUCAGAUUUACCAAUGAGAUUUCAAUAAACAAACAAUGAAAGGUCAAGAUGUGAAUCAAGUAAGGCAUUCACAUUUUAUUUGAUGUAUUUUUGUCUUUCAUGAAAAUGUGUGCACUAGAUUUCUCAUUUACUCAUGAAGCUGAGAAAUAGCAGUUUACUGUCCAUUUGUGUUUAAGCCGUCAGAGUUCUUUUAGAACCACUAAAUUUAUGUAUCUACUGUUAAGUCUCAAAGAUUGCAGUAUAAACUCUCAGCUGGAACUUGAACAAAUUUACUUUACAAUCAUAUAAUGAACUUCCUCAUAUAAAUGAAAUUUUAGACAUAAACAUUCAAAUAUUUAGCUAUAUUUGGAAUGAAUGGUUUGGAAUUGUAUCAUAUAUUCAUUGCUUUGCUUGAGUGAGUAUGUCACUGGAAUGCCAGUUCAAUUGAUAUUUAUUGUGUGACGUCUAACGGCUGUCCAGUUAAGGUGGGCUUUAAUGUAUAAACUUAUUUUAACAAAUAUUUCUAUGAUUGACCAGAAAGUAAAGUUUGAUUGCAGUGGUUCAAAGUCUUAAACAACAUUUUGAAACAAGAGAAAAGACAAAUAAAUUGUAUAUUGCACUCUUCUUUUUUUUUUUAAACUAAAUUAAAUGUUGAGCUCUGCUAAAUAAAUUUCAGUGUUGGGCAGCUUGUGUUUACUAGGGCACCGACAGGACUUCGUAAUGUCAUAUAGAUGGUUUGGGUUUUUAGGGUGGUAUUUUUCAGGUUUUUAUUUUUUCUAAGUUGUUAUUUUUUUCUUUUGAUUGUAGCUCAUUAGAUAUGUCUUCUAAUAAGUUCACUGUACACCAUAAGUUAUUAAUAUUGCUGUUUCUAAUUUGUAACAAGUUUUGUAUACAUGUUGUUUGGGUUGAAGUAUUUUGAGAACUGCUUUAUGAGCUCUUUAAAUAGUAUGCAAGGCACUCACCAUCUAGAUAUUCUCUCAUGAGUUAAUGAAUUCACAAUUGAGAAUAUGUCUUGGUGCCUUUGUCAAAUUUUAUAAGUCUAGCCAAUGUUAUUCUUGGCUUCAACAUUUGCAUAGCCAAAGAAAACAAAUGUAAUUUUUUUUUUAAUCCUGCAGCUUUACUUCUGAAAGAAAACUAUGAAAUAAGUUUUGAAUAUAGGAAGUCUGAGUUCAGAAGUUUUAUAUAGGAACUAUUGUGUUACAGAAAAUGAACUUGUAGAUUUGGUAAAUUGUUUUACUGACUCGGCAGCCUUGGUUUCAAAUUUGCUUGUGGAUCGGGAUACCCUCUAUGUCCUUGUUCCCUUAUACUUUUUAUUUCACUCACAACUUGGAGCCGCAAGUUUCCUUUACUUUUAAGACACAAAACCGUCUUAGUAUUAUGUUCAUUGUAUUACACUUAUAAUUUGGCUCCUAAUUUUUAAUCACAUUUUUUUUUCUUUCUUCGCCAACAAUUGUCUCCACUUUAGAAUUAAACAUAAAAUGUAAAUAAUGAAUCAGAACAAGAAGUAAUAUGGACUUCUUACCAGUUUGUGGCAUUGUGAUGUGAUAUUCAAAGUACUUAGAAAAUUUACUGCUAAGCAUUAUCUUUCAUUUUUUAUAGUGCUAGCAGAUAUCUUUGUAUUUAAAAAAAAAAAGAAUGCAAAAGUAGAGUAAAAUAGUUUUGAAAAUUAUUUUUAGGCUAUCUAUUCCUAUCGAAAGCAUGCAAAAAUAUUGAUUAUCUUCAUCAACCAAAUUCUUGCUCUUAAAUGUGUUUAUUAUUGUGAAGAAUUGAUCUAAUUCAAAAUGCCACCUUCUCUGUUAAAUAAGAGGAGACAAUAUAGUUUCAUUUUCACAGUUAAUACAAAGCACUCAUACUUGUGAACUUUUUAUUUAUUUAUUUUUUUUUAGUUAUAUUUCAGCUUUGUUCCUCUUUCAAUUGUAAAAAAAAAAAUCACUUGAUACCAAAUGACAGCAAAAACAAUUACUGGUAUUCAGAAAAAGAAUUGCAUGCACCUGAUUGCAGAGGAGAAUUAUAUUCAACCAAGACUUAGAUUACUUGAUUUAUGUGUAUUAUGUUUUAUGGAGCACAUAAGAAGCUAAUUCUACAUUCAUGUUUUUAGUAACAUAUUACUUGCACUAGCAAUGAAAAAUUGUUUUCAUCUCUUUUUGUUGAGUAUCCUUGUAUCUAAAGUGGCUUUGAAAUAGAAAACUAUUGCAUUAUCGGUUUUUAUUUUAGUGCUAAUAAUCAACACAAAACAGUUGUGUUAAUAGUUGUGUUUUGAACUAAUUAAAGAUUAAUUAUGGAUCAUUUCAAGAAUUUGCAAACAUCAUUAGUCAACCCUUUUCUGUUUAUCCUGGCAAAGCUCAUUUGUAUAUUUUCCCCCCAUUAUUAUUAUUAGUGGGGGGGGGGGGUGUUUGGUAUGGAAAGUAAUUUGUAUGCUUCAUGUAUAGAUUAUUGAAAAUUGUAAUAGUCAUAAAAAAUAGUAACCUCCCCUAGUCAGUAUUUAGGAGUGAAUGGCAAUGAAUAUUUCUUUAGAUUUGACUCCCUUUUUUUUAGAAAUCAUUAUAGAUAUAUUUUUUUGAAAACCAUUUAUUAAAAAGACUAAUAGUGGCUGCUUUUGUUUUUUCAUCAUGCAUGUAGGAAAACAAAAUUUUAUUAAAGAUUUUUUAAAAUAUUGAACUUUUAAAAAAUGUAUUAGAAAAGUUCAGAUUUUUUUUUUCUAAUGAGUAAUCCACUUAGAUCCAAUGUGAUACGCACCACAUUCCAAACUGAACUGUGUCUCCACCUGUUAUGUAAUAUUUCGUCUCUCAGAAUUUAUUGAGCCCUUAACACUUUGCUUGGUGUCUAAAAAUUCUCCGUUCGUCAAAUCAUUAAAACAUUCAAUCAAUGUGCAAGUCUCUUGUUUCAUAAGAAGUUUUUGUUGAACUCAACAGAUAUACUGAACUAUUAUGAUCAUUAUCACCUUUUUUUUUGGGUCAUGUUCUCAUGUACAUUUGUAGAAAUGUUCAUCUACUUCAUGGGCCAUUACUGUUGACUCCCAGAUAUUUUAUCAUAAUGUUCGUUGUGUGUCUAUUCAUAAUAUAACAUGUACGUCAACAUUGUUGCGAAAUGUGCAAUGAACUAUUUUUGUGAAUAUAAUAUAUAAAUAAAUAUAUAUAUAUAUAGUGAUGUAUUACAUAAAGACAAUUAUUUGUCCACUUUCACAGAGCAUUCUGAGUUUGUUUGUUUUUUCCUGCACACUUAAGUUUUUUUUAAUUGUUGUUCUUGUUAGUCAUCAAGUUGUAUUAAUAUACACACACAUUAAAUGUAAAUAUAAACUAUAUAUUUUACAUUUAUCUAAAAACUUUUGUAUACAUUUAUUUCUAAUUUCAUUAUUCUAGUUUUUAUUGAGAAUUUGAUCCAUUUUAAGUUUAGAGAUUGCUUAGAUAAUGUGGAAAUUUUUUUCUCUUUUAGUAAUUUAAAAAAGGGAAUUUUUUAAAAUUUAUUUUUCCAUCGAAUUCAUAUUUUUCUUAGCUUAUAUGUGUGGUGUCAACUAAUUGUAACCAGAUUACUAGUUAACACUUCAACAACUACCAGCACUAAUGGAGAAACUGAUUGCAUGCACUUUAAUUAUGUUUCAAUCUUUUAAAAAAAAAAAAAAAAAGAAAUAUUUUAAAUAGAAUUAAACAAUUUUUUUUUGAAAGGAGCGGAUUUUUUUCCUUGAUAGUAUCAUAUUAUCAGCGUUUCUUUGGAAAAAACAUAAUGUAUAAAUAGAUUGAGUACAUAGAAUAUUUUAAUGGACACUUAAAUUACAAGAUUUCUUUUUCCAUUUAAUUUUACUAUUUUGAUUUAUUUUUCCUUCUUUGAAUGAACAGGUUUAUUGCGAACAUUAUAAAUUAUUGAUGACUUAUAAAUUGAAGUGUACCUCUGGGUGAUAAAUAAAGUUGAAUUAAUACACUUAACAA